AUGCGCCUGGAAGCAGUACUUUCGAAAUCUCUACCGCCCUCAGAGAGACCGAAUGACCGAAGUGUCAGUCCAGGACUGGCGAUGGCCAACGAUGUCCGUGGAUUGUUCCAGUCUUUCACCCUUCAGAUGGAGAGAGUCGACGAUGGUCCGUCUCUCCACCAAGGUUCCACCGCUACAGGGCCUCCACCGGAACCUAUUACCCUCAGACAUCAAUCCACAGAACCCUCGCCUGUUGAGCUUUACUCGACAAGAGAUCCUUACAACAGAAAUAACACCGUCAACCAGGGCUUUAUCGCCAGUUUGCCACAAGUGCUACAGGCAUAUCCCGCUCGGGAUACCAGUAUGGAUGCGCAACCUUCGCAUGCCUUGACCGUGGAGAAUUUGGGAACAGUUGAUCUUCACCUUCCAACACUUCCACCCACACCCUCGUCACAUCACGAAGACACGGCGACUAAGAUUGCCUCAGUUUCCCGAAAUACUCCCCGUUCAGAUUCAAAUAAUUGCACAUCUGUCAGCCCCGCUGAGGAUGAUGGUACAAGCACAGCCCCUCCGGAGCAAGAGCUAACAUACGAGUAUCAUGGCCCCGGGUCAUUUCUUUCAAUUUGCUCCAGGUCAGGCAUUGAUUGGGUCAAUGAGAAGACAGGAAACAAUGACUUUGGCACAAUUGCGCGAGGUCUCAUAUCCGAUGUAUCUCGUGCCCUGAAACUCAAAGAACCUAUUCCAACGGUACGAGAGCCUGAGCCAGAAGAGGUAAUGGCCUGGAAGUAUUGUCGCAUCUACUUUGAUUUGGACCCCGAUGCAGCCUUUGGCAUUGUUUCACGUCCGUCCUUUGAGAACGCCUUGCGUGCUCAUUUUCGCAAAGAUGACGGUCAAGCCGAAAAUCAAACCGACCCAGGAUGGUACGCUCUCAGAUAUACAGUCUACGCGGCUGGAUGCCGGAUCCUCGAGAUGAGGGCUGCAGCGAAAGGUUCCAGAGUCGAUAUGAUGGCAAAUCAAAGCUGGAAGUACUUUACGAAUGCCCUUUCAGUGCACAAUGAUAUCCUAUACUAUCGAACGAGUCUAAUGGCCGUGCAAGCUCUGGCAGCAAUGGCAUUCUUUGUGGAAGCUAUCGGCUAUCCUGCCAUCGACUACAUGUUAUGUUCAUCUGCCAUGAGACUCGCAGUGUCCAAAGGCCUUCACCGCCAACCUCCUGCCGGGUGGAAACUUGGUGCUGAAGCGAUACGAUCGCGCAGUAUGCUCUGGUGGGCCAUUUACGGCUACGAACGAAUGAAUGCAAACAGAUCUGGCCGACCAUUGUGCACUGAUGAUCGAGACAUUACUUGUCAGAUACCCAUCGCCACUGGAGACGACGAAAUGCAGCUCGCACAAAUGAAAUCUGCCAUUGAGCACGCGAAGCUCUCCUCGGAUGUCAGUCGAAGGAUCAAUGAUCUCAAAACGAGCCCGGCCGGGUUACAAGAGGUGGCCAACAUGAUAUCGGACAUGAGUCAACGCCUGGACGCGUGGUGGGGUAACCUUCCGAACUUCUUGAAGAUGGAUCUCGGGGACCGUUCGCACAGACUUCCCCCGAACAUCAAUUUCCAGUGCGUACUAUAUCACCAUUACGCCUAUUAUGGGACCAAAGUUGCCAUACAUGCCAUUCUAGUCCACCCCUGGAACAGUACCGUCCUCAAGGUCUCGGAGGAGGAACCCCACCAACGCGAAGAACUCGCUCGAAUGACGGCACAGAGUAGGGAGGUUUACAUUGAUGCCACCCGGAAGUUUGUACAGUAUCUUCCACACUUAGACAUUAAUGCCCUGACUCCGAAGUGGCUUGUCGUGGUUUACCCACUCACGGCACUGGUCAAUCUAUUCAUUCAUAUCCUUCAGAACCCACAGUCACCAUCGAUCGACUCUGACAUUGGGUUGAUGUAUCUGAUAGCUGGACAUUUCAGCUACGUCGAAUAUGCCGUCGCAGGCCGGGUCUUUCCUUCCAUCGGACACAUGGCAAACCUGGCUCGCUUGACGGUAAACAACGCACGAAGCCGAAGUGGUGUUGGUGGUGGUGGUCUGGCAAUGGAUGACAACAAUGAAUUAUGCUCCGGGACAGAAGUCACCCUUGACCAUCAUGAUCAACCCCUGCAGCAGCAGCAGCAACUCGACCUUGAAAGUUUUGAAGACGACGCCCUGAUCGGAGCCAGAAUUGCUGUUUUCAAGACUGGCGAGGAGCCUUGGUCACCGGAUUUCAAGCUCUCGGGUUCAACAGAGGAGAUUGCAGAGGUUGAACUAUGUGUAGUCAUAGGCAAGGAUUGUAAGAACGUCGGGGAGGACGAAGACGUUACUCAAUACAUCCUGGGCUACACCGUGGGCAACGACGUGUCGGCUCGAUGGUGGCAGAUGCCCGAACGUUCCAACAACCAACCUUCGGCAGCCAAGUCGUUUGACAAGUUUGCGCCCAUCGGCCCCGUCAUAACCAGCACUGACAUCAUCACCGACCCCAAGCAGCUCAAGAUGAGGAGCCUCGUGAACGGGGAACAAAGGCAAAUGACCCAGACCGACGACCUGAUCUUCGACAUUCCAGCCAUCAUCCGCCAUUUCAGCCGUGGAAUGACCAUCAGAAAGGGGACGGUCAUCAUGACAGGGACUCCGAGUGGCGUGGCCGCAUUCAUGAAACCUCCGGCGUGGUUGCAGGAUGGGGACGUGGUGGAAAUGGAGCUUGAACAUGUAGGUACCAUCCGUAAUAAGAUGGUUUUCGAGAAGCAUUGA